AUGCGCCUCUUACAUUGUCAGCUGUUGACACUUUUGGUUCUAACGGCUAGGGCAGAAGCUAGCAUCUCCCCGUCCCAGCGACGAAAUAUAGUGAGAUCAUUCAACCCACACCGCAAUGUCAGCUCAUCAACAACACCUCUGCAAGUCGGAAAUGGCAAUUUUGCCUUUGGCGCCGAUAUCACUGGCUUACAGACAUUUUCGCACUUUGCCAUAGAGAGUACCUGGACCUGGCACAACUUCAGCCUGCCAACUACUUCAGGACAAACCUUACCCUCCGGUAUGUAUGACAGCAGCUCAGCAGCACUCCCAACCAGAAUGUUGACACUCGGCGUUUAA